AUGAGUGAUGUUCCAAAUCAGCCCGCAUCUAUACCCGAAGACACCCCCAGCUAUGCCAGUGUCUUGCAGUACAUGCGUUAUUCGCUCUCAGUCCCCGAACGCGCACUGCGGAGUGGUGCCGGGCUAGUCGGCGGUGCGGUAAGAGAAACAGCCGGCCUGCUUGUUCCCCAGGCAUUUCAAAGUUCGAAGACCUACAGCGUAAUGGUCCAGCAGAUGCUCGACUUUGUGGUCGAGGAUGUUGGUGGGGUCGCCCGCAAGGAAACGGAUACGGCCUCGCCGUUGGUCGAAAACUUCGUUGCCCGAAAGACCGUGGGUAACUUCGUGGAGAUGGCCGGCCUGGCCACGAUGCACAUUUCGCCUCUGACCGUACUGGCGGUGCUCAGCGAUGUCGCCUACGGCUCGCAGUCGUUCCUCAAGGAAUGGGGCGAAGAACUCAAGCGGCAAGGCAUCAUCGACGAGAACUCCACCAUCAACCACGUCGACGAUCUCCUCACCUCCGUCGCAGCCGCCUCGGCAACCACCGCCAGUGCGUUCGACACGCCACCGUUAUCCGUCGACGGGCUCAAGCAGACCAUCGACGAAACCCGUCGCAGCGUGAUGAGCAUCAACCCGACGAAGCUCAUUCCUCAGGCCGAGUUGGAACGGAUGUGGCGAGAAAUGCAUACCGUGGCCACCCGCGAGGGCGUUACCUUAACAGAACUUUCAACCACGAUGACGCUCCACUCGCUCGAUCGCGUCGGCAAACUCGGCAGCGGAGCCCUUUCCGGAGUCCGCGUAGCAGGCAACAUCUUCGACCAGCACAUCAUCGACCAUUACCGAACCGCGCUGGUCGACAUCCGACGCGACGGGAUGUACACCACCCUGGCUAGAAAUGCCGCCCCAUACAUUGGAGCCGUGUGGCAGAACUUCUCUUCCGAGAAACCCACGGUGACCGACGAAUUGAUCACCGGGAAACUCGUCGGCCGCACCUGGACCAGUGUCCGCCGCUGGAUGGGGCUCUCGGCCGCAGAACAAGCCCCGAUCACUCCCUCGGCCGAUCCACAGCACUCGCCCGCUCGAGAAAAGCCCAUAACCGGCGAUCCCCUCUCGUCCUCUCAGCGACCCCUUAGAACUGAAGCCUACAUGGAACUCGUCUACACCGUAAUUCUCGGAGUCGUACAAGGGCUUGCCGAAUUCCUACCGAUCAGUUCCUCGGGCCACGUUGUGAUCGUCGGCAAAAUCAUCGACGCAUUCACCGGCAAGACGCUGCCGAACCUGGAGACCACCAACAUUGUCCUCCACUUCGGCACAUUGGUGGCGGUGGUGCUUGUGUUUUGGAAUCGACUGUGGCGACUGCUGGGCGAAGACCGACGGGCAAUUGGUCUCCUGGCGGUUGGUACGCUGCCGAUCAUCGUUACCGGGCUUAUCGUGAAGUUCUGCUUCGAAGAAGUGUUUGACAGCCCGAUGUUCGCCGGGUGGAUGCUGAUUGUUACCGGGCUCAUGCUCAUCUGGGCUUCCCGGUUCCAGUCGGGCACCGUGAGUUACGUCGACAUGAGCUAUCGCCAGGCCUUGAUCAUCGGGCUAUUCCAAGCUGUCGCAGUAUUACCGGGAAUCUCUCGUAGCGGAGCAACCAUCUCGGCGGGGCUGUUUGUCGGCUUGAAGCGUGACGCGGCCGCCGCGUUCUCGUUCCUGUUGGCGAUCCCGGCCAUCUGUCUGGCGAUGGGGGCGGGCAUUCUCGACUUGAUUAAAGAGGGGCCCGACGCCGACUCAUUGGUGGCCCUGGGCGUGGGGGCCAUCGUUUCCUUCGGCGUGGGGCUGGUCGCUCUGCUGUGGCUGCUGCGUUGGUUGCAGAAGGGGCGUCUCCGCGACUUCGCCUACUGGUGCAUUCCGAUGGGAGUUCUGGUUGUCGUGUGGCAACUCGCCGGCCGAUAA